CGAAAAGUAAAAAGUCGAAAGAAACAAAAAAGAAGCAAAGGGGCAGCAACAAGCAAAGAAAACGCACACGAAAUUUUUGUCUCCGCUCGGGCUUAGUACUAAUUUAUAUCAUUUUCUGCGGAUAUUCACCGUUGAACGGUGCAGAGUUCGCCAACUAACGGUUUGUGGACAGCUGGCCGCGAGUGUAAACAGAACGUGCUGCCCUCUCGCUCGCACUCGCACGCGCAUUCGCACUCGCACUCGCACCAGAAGCUCAGUCAUCUCAAGAAUUUCUUAUCAGACGGAUUCCCCAACCUUGGGCCCACAUAGGUGCACAAUUGGGUUAAUAGCCCGCGCUAAUCUAUAGUCCGUUCCGAAAGAGCACAGCGACAUGGCAGCGACGCCAGCGCCAGCAGUGACGCCGGCAGCGACGGCGACGUCGACUGCGGCGAAAACUCCUGCGAAUCCAUCGAAUCCCUUGUCCCCCGAGGAGGAGACCCUUCUGCGCGGCCUCAACAAACUGCGCAACGAGGAGAAACUCACGGACGUCACCCUGAUCGUCGAGGAGCACCGAUUCAAGGCUCACCGCGUCGUCCUGGCGGCCAGCAGCGACUACUUCUGCGCCAUGUUCGCCGACUGUGCCAUGAUCGAGUCGCGCAAGGACGAGAUCAAUCUCUAUGGGAUCACAGCGAGGGCCAUGGGCUCGAUCAUCGACUACAUAUACACAUCGAUGCUGGAGCUGAACUACGAUAACAUCGAGGAGAUCCUGGCGGCAGCCACACACGUCCAGGUGCGCGAGGUGAUUGAGCGAUGCACGAUCUUUCUGGGCGCAAAGAUCGAGAUGGAAAACUGCCUGGCCAUCGCGGGAAUGGCCGAUAUCUAUGGGAUCAUGGACUUGUCCGAGCGGGCCCACCGCUAUAUGUGCGCUCACUUCGAGGAGUUCGCGACCACGUCGGAUUUCAAGGAAAUGAAGGUGGACCAGUUGCGCUUCAUCCUCUCCAGCAACUAUCCCAUCGACGUGGCCGAGCAGGAUCUGGUGCGUCUGGUGUGCAGCUUUGCAAUCGAACAGCAGCUGGAGGAGAACGCUUUGGGGGAUCUGCUGAGGCUGAUCAACUGGCCGCACAUUAGCUAUAAGUCCCUGGACGAACUGAGGCACAUGAACUGCUCGCUGGACGAGGGAAAGCAGCUGCAACUGCCCACCACCUAUUACAAUCGAAUCAAACAGGAGUACAUGGGGCGCCUGCUCAACGGAGUGGUCCCCCUAAAGGAUCAAUCACUGCCACAGGGACCAACUAACAUGCGGGGCAUGGAGCUGUGCCUGCUCAAGAUCGGCGGCUUCGAGUGGAAGGGACUGACCAACGUGAUAAUGUGCUUCUCGCCAACGAAAAUGAAUUGGUUCGAGUUGACUGCCAUUCCGCACAUCGAUCAGUGCAACUUUGGCACUGCCGUUCUGAACAACAAACUGUUCAUCGUGGGUGGAGCCUACGAUGUCUGUCUAAAGGAGUACAUCCAUCCCUUUGGCUUCUGCUACUGUCCGCUCAGGAAUACCUGGAUGACCAUAGCACCCAUUCAGCUGGAUCGCUGCCGCUUCUCAUUGAACGCUGUGGGCGAUCAGCAUCUCUAUGCUGUGGGCGGCAUUCUGGACGAUGAUAACUCCGAAGAAGCCCUGCGCAUGAUCUCCAACGUGGAGCGCUACGAUAUCGCCCAGAAUGUAUGGACCUAUAUGCCCAGUCUGCAGGAGAAUCGCAGUCAGCAUGCCGGCGUCGUUGUGGGCGAUAAGCUGUACAUCUCUGGUGGCGUCCACUUGGCCAACAUAUUGGCGAGCUUGUGGGUGUUCGACACGAAGACAGAAGUCUGGCAAGAGCUGGCCUCGAUGCCCACGCCGUGCUGCGACCACGUUUUGGUGGCGGUGGAUAACCGAAUCUAUGCCUGCGGCGGAUGGCACGAGAGUUUGACGGAGUCGCGGGUUCUGGUGGAGCACAUCUAUGCCUACGAUAUUGAGAGCAACACGUGGAGCGUGGAGACGCAGAUACCGGCCCCAAAGUUCUACUCCGGCGUGACUGCGAUGGGCAGAACCAUAUUCUUUGUGGGCGGACUGGACUCUACGGAAUCGAUUGAUCGCGCCAGUGCGGAGACAAUGGCCUACGACUUGGAUAGCAAGGAAUGGUGGCGCGAGAAGGACUCGUGGGACUCGCCCAACGAUGUGUGGGAAUCAACGUGCGUGGCCAUCUAUGUGCCCAUGUGCGAUUUCUAACUGAUGUCCCACCAAGCCUCCAAGCCUCCAUUUCCACCAUCCUCCCCAUCGAAUUUAGCGAUUCUCAUUAUAUUUUUAUAAAUGUAUACAUAGUAUGUGUAGCUAGCGUAGACCUAUGUACAUGCGAGAUUUUGUGAUGACUGCAGUGACAAAAAUGUGCCAAGCACGGCAACGAAACAUGUUUAGACCGUAUAUGCCUUAAUUUCGCUCUCGAACGAAUAUACAGAUAAUGCUAAAUUAUUAAAUAACACUUAAUUAACUUGUAUAGACCGCGUAUGCCUUCAUUUCUCAGUUGAUUGAUAAGUCAGAGCUCGAAAAAUAGGGUUUUAUUUGUGUGAUCCUUUGAUUGCCCUGAUUAUUUCAUCAUAGGCAAACAUAAAAGAUAAUUGUCUAUGUGUUUUAAAAUGCAGUAAGUUUUUUGUAGAAGGCGCUAUGUUGUUAUGCAUGUCUUGUAAAUAUAUGAAAUAAGAAAGUUUGUAAACUAGAGUUCACGGUAUCUAAAGAUUUACGUCAAGAUUAAAUCGGUAUCAGCUGUAACAAUUUUCGCGAGAGAAAUUUGUCUAUUUGUAAUUUGCGUUCUUGCACAACUGUUUACCUUUUGCUCAUCAAAUUGGUGUAUUGCACUGAAUUGUUUUUUUUUUUAUGUUUAAAGAACUCGAUCAAUUAUUCUGAUAAAUUUGUUUUACGCAGAAAACCUUUUUAACGAGCUCUGAUAAUAGUGAGUGUAAAAUAAGUAGACCAUGUACUUAAUUUGUAUAAACUAGAAUUAGUUCGUUCCUAAGUCUGGACUGUUCUUCGUCGAGCCGAAAUCACUCAUUCAUUAAUUUAUUUUUUUUUAUCAUCAAAGUGAUCCACACUUAGGUUUUCAAGUUUGGAAUCAUCCCCAUUCGAGUAAACACUAAAAGUUGUAUUUCCUUGCAAUUCUAAAACAAGGACACUGCCUAAGUUAUUGAACUAAAACGUUCUUCGUUGAAUCGACGAUAAUAGGAAGGACCUACUAGGUUUACAGUUUGUAUAAAGAAUUUAUUACUCAGUAUUUAAGGUCGUCGGCAAUAAAUAAAAACACUAAAUCAAUCUGAA